GUAUGGCUCUACCAAAGUUUGAACUGUUGUCAUUGGCUGAUAAUACAGUCGGAUGGGGUCCAUUGGCGUCGAGUUCCUCUGCUGAUGAGCCUGUUCCAUUCCAACAAUUCAACAAGGCUGAUCGCAUCGGACGUGUUGCCGACUGGAUUGGUGUUGAUAGAUUCUAUAGAAGAGGAAAUGAGAGAUACAAUGAGCGUGUCUAUGGAUCCGCCGCCAACGCUGGAAGUCAGUUCGAUUACAUUCAUGGAAUGGAUGAGCAUAACUUCCAACUUGUUGACACUUCUAAACCAAUGGCUCGCAAUCCACAGCGCAACUUCCGUGUCCGCCAAAUGCAUCUUCGUAAGAUGAUGCAGAAAGAAAAUGAGAAGCGUGAGAUGGUGAACCAGUCAACGAAUUUGAGAAUGAAGAGAAGUAUCGCCAAGGAGCAACAACGUGCCUUCAAGAUGUGGCAACGUCGUGGAGGAAAUGCUCGUCAAGGACAACGCGGACAAGGUGGUCGAUUCGGAGGUGAUCGGCCGAAGGAACGUCUUCCAUCUGUUCAAGUUAGACCGGAAUGGGUUGUUCUUGAAGAAAUGAAUCUUAGUGCGUUUUCCAAACUUGCUCUUCCUAACAUCCCAGGAGGAGACGACAUUGGGGAUCACCAGUAUGGAAGUCUUCAAUACUAUGACAAGACUAUUGAUCGCGUUUCUGUGAAAAAUUCUAUUCCGCUUCAAAGAUGCGCUGGCGUGUUCUACAAUGUCACCACAACGGAAGAUCCUGUAAUUCAAGAACUUGCUCAAGGUGGUGCUGGAAAUGUUUUCGGAACAGACAUAAUUCUUGCUACUUUGAUGACUGCUCCUCGUUCGGUCUACUCGUGGGACAUUGUUGCCUACAGAGUCGGAGACAAACUUUUCUUCGAUAAGAGAAACACUAGAGAUAUUUUGAAUCCAGUUGAGACCCUUACUGUUUCCGAGACUAGUGCCGAACCACCAUCAUUCGACGGAAAUGGUAUCAACAAUGCCAAGGAUCUUGCGACCGAGGCAUUCUACAUUAACCAAAACUUCCGUCGUCAAGUCGUCAAGAGAAACGACGCAGGAUUCACCUUCAAGAAUGCUCGUGCUCCAUUCGAAGACGAGGAGACUGGAGAGUCAGGAACUGCUUACAAAUACCGUAAGUGGAAUCUUGGAAACGGAGUUGAUGGAAAACCAGUUGAGUUGGUUUGCCGUACAGAAUUGGAUGGAGUUAUUCACGGACUCGGAAAUGAGACUCAGACUCUUACAAUCAAGGCAUUCAACGAAUGGGAUAGCACACAAUCUGGAGGUGUCGACUGGAGAACAAAGCUUGAUGUUCAAAAGGGAGCCGUAAUGGCCACCGAAAUCAAGAACAACUCAGCUAAGGUUGCAAAGUGGACUCUGCAAGCACUUCUUGCCGGUUCCGACACAAUGAAGCUCGGAUAUGUGUCUCGUAACAAUGCACGCAGCACACAAAAUCAUUCUAUUCUACUCACCCAAUACGUAAAGCCAACGGAGUUUGCUAGCAACAUCGCCUUGAACAUGGAUAACUGCUGGGGAAUUCUUAGAUGCGUCAUUGACAGUUGUAUGAAGCAAAAACCAGGAAAGUACUUGUUGAUGAAGGAUCCACAAUCUCCGGUUAUCCGCCUUUAUUCGCUUCCAGAAGGAACUUUCGAAAGCGAGCGCGAGAGCUCCGACGAGGAGAACUCGGAUGACGAUCAAUAAAGUCCCCGGUUUCUGACAAUUUCUUGUAUUCGCUUUUCUAAUUAUUGUCUCUUGUUAAUUAAACUUGGUUCUGAUAAGAUAAACUUUAUUCAAA